AAGGAGAUGAAAAGUGUGGCCGAGGAAAAGACUGCGUUAAGUGAUGGACAAGGCCGGGGCCAAGCCUGAGGUUCUCCUGUCCCAGGCAUUCUACAAACGUUGUGUUUAAAGUCCUGCUGGACGCAGGGACGCAGAUCGAGGAGAGGCCAAGGCAGGCUGACUGGUUCGCCUCCUGUCGGGAUGUGGAGUGCCGAUCGCCGGCAGGCCCUGCUGCAGGGCAAGCCCAUCAACCUCCCAGUGGACAAGUCCAACCUGGUCCGUGUGUUCAUCAGCUCCACCUUCACAGAUAUGUGUAUGGAACGCGACACGCUCCUGGACAAAGCCUAUCCCGAGGUACAGGCUUUCUGUCAGAAACUGGGCCUGGUUUUUGAGGUGGUCGACAUGCGUUGGGGAGUUCCGACUGCACUGACAGCUGAUCACACGAGCACAGAGCUGUGCCUGAGGGAGAUCGAGUCCUGCCAGAGGAUAUCGCUGGGACCCACAUUUAUCGCUCUUGUUGGCAGUCGCUAUGGAUACCGGCCCAUCCCUCGUGUUAUAGAAGAAAAGGAAUUUGAGGUGCUACUGGCGAAGCACUGCUCGGAUCCCAGCUCCUGUGAACUCCUUCAAGAAUGGUUCUGGAAAGAUGAGAAUGCCGUCCCUCCUGUGUACGUUCUUCAGCCCAUCACCACUCACCUGCCGUACUACAGUGACAUCAGCCCAGCCAACCGGGAGCGACAUGAGGAGGAGGUGCUCAGCUGGUCCAAGGCAGAGGAACAAAUCGCCACUCUGCUCCGAACAGCAGCCGCCUGGGCAGCAGACGAGGGCCUCAUCAAAAAAGAUGCAAAGCACAAAUAUUUCAAGUCAAUCACUGAAUGGGAGAUCGACUAUGGGCUCCUGGAAUCAAAACAAGGAGAUGUGCACUCCUCCGUCUUCAUCCGGGAUAUCCCCAAUGUCCAGGAUCACUGCGACAGGCAGCAAGUUCACAAGUUUGUUGAUGUCACCAGCGAUGGGAGCAUCGACAGAGAGGCUCAGGAUCUUCUCGCGAGCCUGAAGACGAAGAUUGUCGCCAAACACUCAAAGACUCUCCGCGUGCACCGGGUGAGGUGGCCGAGCGGGAUGCUGGACACACGGAGCACGGACCACACCGACUACCUCCAGGACCUGUGCCAGACCUUUAUCCAGGACGUGAAGCAACAGGUCCUCAGGAGGGUUGCUGAUCGGCACGAAGCCCAGGACGAGAUGUGUUGGCUCUUUGAGGAGUUGGCUCAUCACAUGGCCCUCUGCCAAAAGAAACGCAGCAUCUUCUGUGGCCGGGUCGAGCUACUGAUGAAGAUUUGCCAAAGCAUCGAACUGAAGAACAAAUGCACUCACACGCCCUUGGUUGUCCAUGGCCCUUCGGGUACUGGGAAGACAGCUGUUAUGUCGAAGCUUGCCGAGGAGGUCAGGAAACACCUGGGUAAUGGGACAGUGGUAGUUACUAGGCUACUGGGCACAUCACCACAGAGCUCCGAAAUUCAUACUGCGCUGAAAAGUAUCUGUUUCCAAGUGUGUCUUGCCUUCAGGCUCAAACCUCCAUUGACGCAUAUUGUUAACUCUUACAAUGAGCUGGUCCAAUUUUUUCACAGACUUCUAAUUGCAGUGUCGAAGAAGAAUAAGGAACCCUUGGUCCUUAUCUUCGAUUCACUGGACCAACUAUCUUCCAACGAUGGUGCCCACAGGCUCCAUUGGCUGCCGAAGGAAUGUCCACCAAAGGUCCACCUUAUUGUCUCAACCUUACCUGAGGAAUACAACAUAUUAAAUGUCCUGCGAGGAGCCAUACCAAGCCCGGAAUGCUACUUUCAGGUGGAACCACUGUCCUGUGAACAUGGGCAGCAGGUGAUUGCCAUGCUGAUGUCAACAGUGAAGAGAAGGCUCACUGAUCAACAGUAUGAGUUGAUUCUAGACAGCUUCAGGCACUGUGGGCAGCCUCUCAUGCUCAAACUAUGCUUCGACGAAGCCAGGCGGUGGAGUUCGUACGUACUAGAUUCUGAACUCUAUGUGGCCAAGGGAACGCGGGAGGCCGUGCGAUUCCUGUACACGCGACUAGAAAAGAAACAUGGCGGGACAUUGGUUUCACACGCUCUGGGAUACAUCGCUUGCUCCAGGAAUGGACUCUCAGAGAAUGAGCUGAAGGAAAUCCUGUCACUGGAUGAUGAGGUUCUUGGUGACAUCUACCAAUAUUGGUCACCCCCAAAUAAGGACAUCAUCCGCCUGCCUCCCUUACUGUGGACACGGCUUCGAUACGAUAUUGGGGAAUACCUGGUGGAGAGACAGGCUGAUGGAUUCCCAGUCCUCCACUUUUACCAUCGGCAGUUCAUAGAGGUGGUGCACGAGAUGUAUCUCCCGACAGAGGAGAAAAUCAAACGUCACUCAGUCCUGGCAGAUUUCUUCAAGGGCACAUGGAGCCAAGGGAAAAGAAAGAGCAUCACACUCCCACAUCUCAAUGAGACACUCCUUGCAGACAGAAAGGUCACUGCGCAACCUCUGAAAUUUGGGGAUGAUGUCAUGAACUUACGAAAACUGAGUGAACUGCCGUACCACUUGGUUAAUGCUGGUCGCAUUGAUGAGCUGAAACAGGAGGUUCUGGGGAAUAUAGAAUGGAUCGUUUGCAAAGUGCAAGCCACAGGAAUGAAGAGUUUGCUGGAAGAUUUUUAUGCUUGCACCAGGAAAAUUGAUUGUCCUGACGUGCAACUUGUUCAAGAUGCACUGUUACUCACCUGGCCAACAGUAAACUUCAUGGAGAAUGAUAUAGAUCACCGUGUUCUAUACCUGGAGGUCUUGGCUCGCCUUGAUUUCUUCAAGGGCUCUUACCCAAUGAUUGAUGAGCUGUGCCAGCAGUGCAGGAAUUGGUGUGCACUGUGCCCUGACCCCACCUUUACUCCACUGUGCGGCUUCUUCCAGCCUCCAGGUGGCCCACUCUGUACAACACUCACUGGUUUCAGGAAAGGUAUCAGUGCAAUGGAGCUGAGCACUGACUGCACAGUGCUGAUGGCAGGUUCACUGGAUGGACUGAUGAUUGUAUGGAAUCUGCAGGAUAUUGAAAUGAUCCACACUAUGACAGGUCAUUUUGCUGAGAUACGGUGCAUUAAAGUGAUUCGCAACAACACCCGAGCUGUGUCAGGUUCGUUUGACCAUACACUGCGUCUGUGGAAUCUAGUCACCGGAAAAGAGAUCUACUUGAUCCAAGAAGACCACUCUGGCUAUGAACACUUUGCAUUGCUCCAGGUGGAUGAAGCAACUGAUAUGAUCUACUCUGUCUCAGGACACCAGAUUAAGGGUCGACGCCUAGAAAACGGUGAACUUCUGUUUCAAUUAACUGGCGGUAACCUGGGCGACACAACAUGCACAGCGGUGAUGGGCUCCAACAACCCACUCCUGACCAUGUCUAUUGGGGCCACACUGUGUGUGUGGGAUCAAGUCAGUGGCACCUUACAGGACACUCACCAUCUCGCUGGGCUAAGUACCUCAAAGCUGACGUGCAUCCUUCCAUUGAGACGUCAGAACAAAAUAGCAGUAGGAUUCAAUGAUGGAAUCGUGGCAAUGGUGUCUCUGGAUGGAACUUGCGUUACAGAGGAAGUCAAUGUAUCGGUCACCUUCCUGAUCACGUCAGAAAGUGAGAAGUGGAUGGUGGCAGGGUUUGGGAAGUAUGCUCGGGUUUUCACGCUGGAUGCCAGUACGAUUCAGAAAGCCUCGGCAGUGGACUUGGAGCACGGUGACAAGGUUCACACGGGUAUAAUCAGCAGAGAUGAGAGCUUGCUGGUCACAGGGUCUGCCGACGAGACUAUUCGGGUGUGGAGCUUGUCACCCAAUGUCAAGCUGGUGGACUCGAUGGAAGGAAUGGGAGUUCCCCUUACCUCUCUGACACUAUCUGGGAACACCUUGAUAUCAGCAUCACGCAGUGCUUACUACCUUAAAAUUUGGAACCUGAGUUACGAUCGGCAGCACACCACAGUUACGCCGUUCCAUAACCGCAGUACGAUCACUGGCUUGAUACGGGAAGACAACUCGGUGUGCUUUCCGAAAACAGGGGAGUCGAACAAAGUAGUCAUUUGGAAUGCUGAAGAAGGUGUGGCACUCGGCAGCCUGGGCCUGGACACCGAGCUCUGCUGCCUGAUGGUGGCACAGCGGAGGAAGGCGCUGAUCUGCGGGCUGGCCUCGGGCUGCCUGGCCGUUUUCUGCACCAGGACAUUGCGGGAGCUGGAGCGCCGACCCCCGCCCGGGCCCUGCGGCGCCGUCCGCUACGUCACCCUCAGCAGCGGCGAGGAGAGGCUGGCAACGGCCGGCGGCAGCGGCCUGGUGUCGGUGUAUGCGCUGGGCCUGGCCGAGGCUGGGCCGCUGCUGGGCGAGUUGCUGCUAACCGUUGCUAGCCCUCCCGGCUCGGUCGCCUCCAGCGUCGCGGUCCUGUCGGACUGCAGCCUGUUGCUCGGCACCGACACCGGGAAGCUGCUCCUCCACACCGCCCUGUGCUCGAUGCCCACCGUCCUGGAGCCUCACGACAGCCGGAUCACCUGCCUGGAGACCAGCCACAAUGAGCUGUAUGUGUUCAGCGGAUGCCAGGGGCCCGUCCAGAGGCUGUGGAACCUGUCCAGGCGGCACUGGCAACACGAGAUGGCCUACAAGGGUGCAUUCUUUGAAGGGGUGGUCUGUGCUGCAUUCUCACAGGACGAUCGCCACAUCUACACCGGCUCCCAGGAUCGCAGCAUCAAAGUCUGGGACGUUCAGAACGGCUCUCUGCUGGCAGUACAGUACGUGUAUGCAGAGGUAACCAGGAUUCUGCCAACACCAGACGGGAUGGUGGCCAGCACGAGACUGGGCUACCUCAUCCGAGAGAGCUUCACAUGCCCGCCCGUUGUUGAUCCGAGUUACAAAGUGCUCAGGGGCAUCAAGGCCAGCUGCUCUGUGAGGUCCAGGGAUGGUGGCAGGAAGACUCUGAGAAGCUCAGAGACCCCACAUCAGACCACGCCCUCUCGCAUCUGCUCCUUGCUCUGAAUGCAUGGGCACACUUCCUGCCGCUCAGCGAGUGACUCAUCCCCAAUGAAACGCCAGCAAUUAACAUGCUAUCAAAGGACACGCCUCAACGCACAGAGGCUGCUCAAUUCUAUUAAUAGCAACCUCAUCAGAUUAAUUAGAUAAUGCAAGAAGUUCUCCCCUCUCCAACUCUUCUGUUGGUGCUGACAUUCGCUCCCUCCUCCAAGUCUGCUGACUGUUCUUCCAUUAGAUCGCUCAUGAAGUGUGGGUGACACUGCAGGUCAACAGUUGCUUCCCCCCCCCCCCCCCCACC